AUGACCCUUAUCUCCGGGGCCACCAGGUUCUGCUGGACUGUCCCUUCCUAUCCCCGGUUGAGACAGGAGACACUCAGCGCGGAAGCGGACAAGGACUUUUCGGUGCAGCAAGGGGCCCAGGCGGGGCAUCCAAGCGCGAACACGCGGGCUAUUCCGCCCGGCACCCACAAUUCGUGCUCCGCGCAAAAGAAUGCGCCUGCGCCACAGGCGGGAGAGACAUCCAUUGGGUGCAAGCUGGCCCGGAAACGGUCCUGUCAAUCCGCGGUGGUCCGAUCGCCUCCAAUCACGGCGCAGGAGGCCGGCCGGCAGUCCAACCAGAGCCGGGGGCGGGAGCGGGCGGCCGUUCGGUUGUCGGGGCCGAACGCCGCUUUCCUGGUGCGGGGCUGCCCACGCGGUCCGGCGGGUGUCCUGCUGGUGGUUCUCACCCCGGGGGCGCUGCUCGGGGCCCCGCCCGGACCCCCGGAGCGCGCGGAGCGGGGCCGGAGGAUGGCCUCGGUGAUCUUGGAGGACGUGGCUGUGGCCUUCACCCCGGAAGAGUGGGUGCUGCUGGAUCACACUCAGAGGGGGCUCUACAGAGACGUGAUGCUGGAGACGUGCUGGAACCUGGCCUCUGUGGAAAACCAGGAAAUUCAUAACACCAGAGAUGAGUCCCAUACGCAGGAGAGACGUUUCAGGUGAGUGGCACUCCCACAAGAGGACAAGGGGAACCUUUGCAGAGUGUCAGAAUGACUUUAAAUUAAAGGAAAAGUACAAACCUAGCUCAGUAUGUCUCAGAGGAUUUUUAUGCGACAGCAUUUUCAUAAUGUAAGGUAGCUAUCAAACAUCUGAAACAUAAUCCAGUUGAGAACAAUAAUCAGGAAAAACCACAGUGUAAAAAACAGUGAAAAUUAUGGCUAUAUCUGAGUCUUCAGCCAGAGCAUUAAGGGCAGUUUCAACUCUGUAUAAAUGCAGAUGGCGCCACAAAUAGACCCAUUCAUUACAAAUAGCCAAUUUGUAGUCAAAGUAAUCAUUAUCCAACAAUGAAUCACUCAUAAGGAAAUAAUUUAUCACAAAUAAUGCCUAAUGGUAUUUUUCCUGUUUUGAGCAGAAGCCAUUUCUUGGAGAGUCUCUGUAAAAGUAGUGAAGGUAAUCAAUGUGGAGCAGCCCUGAAUCAGGUUACAAGUCCUCCUGUGUAUGCCGCUUAUGCUACUGGAUGUAAACCUUAUGAAUGCACUAAUUUUGGAAAGCCUUUUUUAAAUUGUUUCCCAAAGGAUCUGCAAAAAUCUCACACUGGACAGAAACCUUAUGAAUGUGAUGAGUGUGGGCAAGUCUGCAGUUGUGUCUUGUGCCUAAGCACUCAUAUGGGAACUGACCCUCUAGAGAAGCCUUUUUCAGGUCAGAGUAAUGAGAAAGGAUCUAAGACAUACAUGAAGCGUCUCAGUACUAGGAAAUCUUUUGAAUGUAAGAAGUGUGGGAAAGCUCUUCCGAGCCCCUCAUCCUCUCAGGGAUGUGUAAAAGGUCACCAUGGGAAAAAAAUCCAUGCUUGUAUGGUAUGUGCGAAAGCCUUUAAGUAUUACUCCUAUCUUACACAACAUGAGAAAACUCACACUGCUGUGAAGCGGCGAAAAUGUAAGGAGUGUGGGAAAGCCUACAACAGUUCCUCAUCCCUUCAAGUACACAUGAGAACGCACACCGGGGAGAGACCCUUUGGGUGUAAGCAGUGUGGGAAAGCCUUCAGAAGUUACUCCUCCCUUCAAGAACACAAGAUAACACACAGUGGAGAUAAACCCUAUGAAUGUAAGGAGUGUGGCAAAACCUUUAGUUGUCCCAAAUACCUUAAAAGACACUUGAAAACGCACAGUGGAAUCAAACCCUACGAAAGUUCCAUAUCUGGGAAAUCCCACAGUUGCUUCUUAUCCCUCCAAGAACAUGUGAGAAUGCACAGUGAAAAUGAACAGUAUGACUGUAAGGAGUGUGGGAAGGUGUUCAGGCAACGUCUGUAUUUGGAAAGACACAUGAGAAUGCACAGUGGAUUGAAACUCUAUGAAUGUAAGGAAUGUGGGAAGGCCUACACUUGCUUCGUAUCUCUUCAGGAACAUGUGCGAACCCACACUGGAGAGAGACCCUUGGAAUGUCUGCAUUGUGACAAAACCUAUAGUCGUCAAUCCUCCCUUCGAGCACAUAUGAAAACUCACACUGGGGAGAGGCCCUAUGGAUGUGCCCAGUGUGGGAAAAACUUUCCCUGGUACUCGUCUUUGCAGAAGCACAUGAGAACGCAUAGUGAAGAGAGACACCACGAGUGUCAGCAGUGUGGCAAAAUUUUAAUGUAUCCUUCAAGUCUGAAGGCACACUUGCGCAUACACACUAAGGAGAGACGCUAUGAAUGUAAGGAGUGUGGGAAAGGCUUCUGGUAUCCUUCAUAUCUUCAAGCCCAUCUGAGGACACACACUGAGGAGAGACCCUAUGAAUGUCCACGGUGUGGCAAAGCCUUUGGUCAGCCUUACUCCCUUAAAGUACACAUGAGAGUGCACAGAGAAGUCAAACCCUAAGAACGUGAGGAGUGUGGGAAAGCCUCCUUCAAUCUCAUGUGUGAGGACACACUCUGGUGAGUGUCCCUAUGAAUGUAAGGGGUUGUGAAAAAGCCUUCAUGUAUCCCUUAAGCCCGUGAGCCCAUUUGAGGCCACACAUUUCUGGGCAGCCUUACAAAUGUCAGCAAUGUGUGAUGACCUACCGGCAUUCUGAGACCCUUGAGGCAUGUUAGGACGCACGCUGUCGAGAGGCCCUAUGAAUGUCAGCAACGUGGGAGGGCCUACAGGCAUGCUGAGAACCUGCAAGCCCACGUGAGGACACACCCUGGGGAGAGCCCCUGCAAAUGUCAGCAAUGUGGGAAAACACAGGUAUUCUGACAAACUGCAAGUACAUAUGAGGCUACACAGCGGGGAGAGGCCCUGCAUAUAUCAGCACUGUAGGCACUGUAGGAGGCCCUUCAGGUAUCCUGCAAGCCUGCGAACACAUGUGAGGUCAUGCCUCAUACAGAAACUGAAAUUUUGGAGUGUUGGUAAGGUUUUAUUCUCUCCUUAAGAUGUUUUGUAUUUGAGUGAAGAGAUUGGUGAGAAACCUUAUGAAUGGAAAGAAUGUUUAAAAAUCUUCAGGUAUACUAGUUUUUUUUCACAAGAAAACUCAGGGCUGAGCUGAAAUCUUUUUACUGUUAUAAAUAUGGCUUUGCUCUUAUAAGUGCCUCAUCCUUAAUAGUGUUUCUUAGUGUUUUAAAUUCUAGAUGUUACAAUGUGAUCUUUUAAGGUGGUAAAUAUACCCUUUAACUGUACUAAAUAUAUUCUUUUUUCUUUGGCUUUGUUUUAAAUAAUUGCACAGUUAUGUGAAACUUAUUCCAUCACAGUGUUUUGGAGCCAAAGUAUUUUUUCUUUUUUUUUUUUGUACAUUUAUAAAAUUAUUAAACUGUCAUUGAUAUAUAAUUUAAUGGUGGUUUCAAAUACACAAUGCAGUGGCUCAACUUCCACCCAUCUUAUCAAGUCCUCACCCACUUCAUUGCCGUCACCGUCUGUCAGUGUGGUAAGAUGUUACACAGUCAUUAAUUGCAUUCUCUGUGCUGUACUACCAUCCCCACUACCUAUCUAUACUGUGAUUGCUAAUUAUAGUGCCCCUUAAUCCCCUUCUCUCUCCGCACCCACUCUUCCAAACCCUUCGCCUUUGGUAACCACUAGUCCCUUAUUAGUGUCUAUGAGUCCAGUGCUAUUCUGCUCCUUGAGUUUUGCUUUGUCGUUAUACUCCACAUAUGAGUCAAAUCAUUUGGUAUUUGUCUAUCUCCGCCUGGCUUAUUUCACUGGGCAUAAUACCCUAUAGAUCCAUCCAUGUUGUCGCAAAUGGCAGGUUUUA